AUGAGGUCGGGGGAGGUGGGCGAGGGCUCGGAGCUAGCGGAGUUCGGCGCGCGCUGGCCGCCGCCCUACGCGCAGGGCUACGGCUGGACGCGCUCCGCCACCCCGCAGCACCCGCCUGCUCAUCACCUCGCGAGGCACUCGCGGUCGCAGCAGGUACCUACCUGUCUAACUUGCACCUCGUACUCGUACACCAUCGUGGAGCCGGCGUCCUCGCACGGCCACCACGCGUCCUACUCGCAGCACCACUACUCGGGGAAGCUGUUGUGCGCACCGUACCUCGGCUCCACUGACAUCGGCAACAGUGCAGCAGGGGCAACGAGUUUACGGAACAGCACGAAUCACCUAAGUGCAGCGAACGGCAAGAAGAGGCCGAUCUCGCCUGAACAGGUGCUGCGGCUGUUCGGGCAGGGCGGGGCUGCGGCGCUGGGCAAGGCGCUGCCUCCGUCCCACCCUCCCGCGCAGCUGCCGGCACCGCUGCCGGCAAGAAGGCACUCUCCAGCCAGCAGUCCUAGCAGUACUACCCAUCAUGCGAUAUACCGUGGCGUCGAGCGGGAGCGGCCUUACUCGUCGGGGGGUGCGCCGCCGCCGCCGGCGGAGCCCGCGACGCGCACCGUCACCAUGAGCCGAGAUCCCACCGACUCGCACGGCUUCGGCAUCUGCGUCAAAGGCGGGAAAGAAGCAGGAGUGGGCGUGUACAUAUCCCGAGUAGAGGAGGGCUCGGUGGCGGAGCGCGCGGGGCUGCGGCCUGGGGACUCCAUCCUGCAGGUCAACGGGACGCCUUUCUCGGGGAUUUCCCAUGAAGAUGCACUUAAGAUGCUGAAGUCCUGCCGCCAGCUGACGAUGACGGUGCGGACAGCUGGCGCUCUGGUGGGCCGAGCUUCGUGCUCGUGGAUGGACCGGUACGGGAGGCCCGCGUCGCCGCCGCCGAUGAGGCCUCCACGUUCUGCUAGUAAAGAUAGAUCAGUGCGAAGGGUGGACCUGUGCAUAGAGCCGGGGCAGUCGCUAGGCCUGAUGAUCAGAGGGGGCCUGGAGUACAACCUCGGCAUCUACAUCACGGGCGUCGACAAGGACUCCGUUGCUGACAGAGCUGGCCUCAUGGUAGGAGACCAGAUCCUGGAGGUGAACGGACAGUCGUUCGUGGACGUGACGCACGACGAGGCGGUCGCACAGCUCAAGUAUCACAAAAGGAUGUCCCUGCUGGUCAGGGAUGUAGGGAAAGUUCCGCACGCCUGCACGGCGUAUGGGGAACGAGAUGCUGCACCAAGAAUAAGCGGCUGGGGAAGAAGAAGAGGCGCUGCAGCGGUGGCUGUAGAGCAGAAAGCGCGGUCACUCCUCCCUCAGAGUGACCUGCCCGCGCUCGCUUAUUACAUGGAGGAGUACGCGGCCCGCCGGCUCACGCCCGACGCGUUCCUCACUGUGCUAAGGGACCUGCUAGAUACGCCGCAGAAGUAUACACUUCUGACGGAAAUUCGGGAAUUUAUGCUUCCUGAAGAUAGGCCGAGGUUCGACGAGCUUGUCUAUAGGAGAGGGGAAGAGGCUGGUGAUCAUCAUAUAAAGCGCGGGGGAGAGCGGCACAUGUUACCUUCCUCCACCAUGCAUGAGUUGCACGACCCGGAGGGGCCGGCGGAGGCUCCCCUCGUGGCCGACCACCGCUCGCCCUCCGAGGACUCCGGCCUGGGCCUGCCGGCGCACGAGCACGCCUACAGUGACGGAGGUGUUGUGGGCAGGAGCGGGCGCGCGUGGCGGGGCCCCGACGCGCCGCCGACCGAUGAGGACCUGGAUCCCCCACACGAGGAGUACGAGGAAGAGGGUCGGCGCUCCCGAAGGCACUCCUCGCCCUGCAACUCCAGGGAGGGCAGCACCACCGCGCUGCACACACAACAUUACGACGACGCUGAUCAGUGCGGCUAUCUCGAGGGCCUGCGCUCAUCACUCGGUGGCUGGACGCAGAAAGUUAAAUCAUGGUACUGGGGAAGACCUCUAGAGUUGGCUCAUAAGUUGUCGAGAAGUUUCGACAUGAAAGAGGAGGGAGGUGCGCUUUUAGAGGACCGGGGAGGGAUCCGGAGACAUCAGUCGAUGCAGCGCUUGCAGCAUGGUGAUGGAACUCAGAUGGACGACGGCCGGGCGGCCCGAGUGGUGCCCGACCACCAUGGAAACCUCCACAUAACAGUCAAAAAGACAAAACCGAUACUUGGCAUAGCGAUAGAGGGUGGCGCAAAUACUAAGCAUCCGUUACCCAGAAUAAUAAAUAUUCAUGAGCACGGUGCGGCGUACGAGGCAGGCGGGCUGGAGGUGGGGCAGCUGAUCCUGGCGGUGGACGGGCAUCGAGUAGAGGGCAUGCAGCACCAGGACGUGGCGCGGCUUAUCGCGGAGUCCUUCGCGCAGAGGGACAAACCCGAUAUCGAGUUCCUAGUGGUUGAGGCGAAGAAGUCCAACCUGGAGCCGAAGCCGACAGCCUUGAUUUUCCUGGAGGCCUAACAUCUACUCUCCCUCCCCGCCAGCGACCCUCCGGCCGCGCUGGGCACCGCGACGCCGGGGGUCGACCUCACCGCUCACACCACGGAAUAGCCAAUUCCAACCUGCGCUGUCACAUGCUCUUCUGAACGCGACGCUGAACUGAAGACAGCUCCGAUGAUACCGUCUUUCGCAACACUGAUACACGCGUCUUUCGUUACAGACUUUUGUAACCCUGGACGCACACACGUCUCUUAAGCAAAUGUUAUAAGAAAUUUGUAAAAAAGCAUAUCAAAACCGUAAUUAUUUUUUUAAUAUCCGCAUUGAAUAACAUAUAUUGUAAAAUCCUUGCGAUUAUCACAGUUGAAACAAAACCAUAUUCGUGUGAUUACGAUCAUUUGUAAUAUGGGAUGUCGCAAACGUACCCAAUUGGGACAUAACAGCGAUUCCGUUAUGUCGUUCUCGUUUUUUGUUACCUAACUUAUGUGUUUUCGAUUAUUAAUAAAAGAUGGAAGUUUUCCAAAAGACGUGCUGUAUGUGUGAUCAUGCAAUACAAGAUCUCCAACGAGGAGGUAUCAGACAUUUGAAUCGGAGCCAAACAGUCGGCGAAUACGCGUUUUGCUCUACAAAGAAUCACAGCUAUGAAUGAUGAUCAUUGAUGGGCGACCAUAAACAAGACGGCAACGGGCUGAAAUGGGGACUCGCCACAAUGGCGAUACGACGCAGGUAAACUAAAGGCUAUACAAAAUUAAUGGCACAAGGGAGGCAAAACUAUUUUUUACAUCUCGAAGAUUGUCCAGAAUAUUGGAAAUAAAUUAGUUACGAUGCACACUGCCCGAGAGGUUUUUAACAUUUCUUAUAACUAAAUUACGUCCCUCUUUUCUAACGGGAUAUUUCGGGUAGGCUGAAUGAAAAUUUUGUAAAUUAUUUUCUAGAAGUAGAGUCUAAACCAAUUUUACCAGUAGUCAGUGACUGAAUUUUAUAAAAUAAAAGAAAUUCUCCUACUUUUACCAAUUUAUGAUAAGUUCAUCUCGAAAUCACACAUUUUAAAAUUUUAAAGUAAAUUCGCAGGUAGUUUCGGUCGAUUCGAUUCCGUAACAAUUUUUUCUAGAACUAGAGUUGUAAAGAGAUGACGAUAACAUAGAUCUUAUUACAUUAUUUUUGAAAUGAAUCGUGCUAAUGUUUCAUUGAUUGGCAAUGGUGCUAUAAAGAGAUCACACUUGAGGGAAAUUCGAGUCGUCGUUUCAUAUUCACAUUAAUUAGUAGUUAAUCAGUAGAAUCGAUCGCUUCUCGACACGGUCAUCCCACAGGGGUCACGAGGGGUCAUCCAUGUGCCAUCAGUUGCGUUGGAAGGGUUCAGGUCAGGUCUCGCGGGGCAUCUCAUCCCAGAUCGUUGCAUCGGCGCGGGCGCCGGUCCGCCGUCUCAUGCAGUAGCCUUCAUCGUCGUCAUUGGUAGAGCAGAGCUUGCAGCACGCGACGCGCUCCUAAGCAAGCUGUUCACGUUUAAACAUGCUGUCAUACUAUUUUAGUUUUAAUCUUCAGACAUUAGUUCAACGGAAGUAACGUUAUAUUGUUUUCACUUCACUUAUUUUAAGUUGAAAGAAAUCGUUUUACCAUUUCUAAAAGGUUUCAAUGCUUUUAAUAGUUCUUAGUAUACCUAGUUAUCAGUAUUUUGUUUCUGUAAUUUAUACCUACCUACCACUAAAAUUGCUUUGAACGCAUUUAUCAGUUUGCUUAGUGAAGCUACGUACAGAAGCGUCAGACAUGUCAUUCCAUCAGGUAGAUUUGCGGUGAGUUAAGGAAAUUAUGGCGGAGAGGGAUUUUAGCCCACUCUUUUAAUUUAUAAGUAGAUAAUAAUAAAUGUGUGCAAUAUAAUCAAAUGUUUUGUUAGGUGUUUAAAUCAAUAAAUAUUUUUUGUCAUAGAUAUUGUGCGUAGAUUGUCACGGGGUGACAUUUUAUGAAACUGUAUAACUGAAAUCUUUUUAAAGAUACUAAAUAUUUAUUGUAUAUAUUGUGGCACCUACGUUAUCGUAUGCAUACUCCCGGUGUAUCAAUGUGAGAGUGGCUAGUGCUUAACUAAUACGACUGUAGAUAUUGUACACGUUCCAACCAUCGCAUUAUUCGCGUAUUUGUAUAAAAUGUAAUAUGCUGUAACUGAACCUCAUUAAUUCAUAUAAACUGAAAGUGACCGUUGUAAAUAAAUAUCUGUAUCUGUAAGCUGUAAAUAUCAAAUUUGAAUGUAUUGUAAAAUAAAAUUAUAUUGAAAUAUUUAUUGAAGUUAGUGCCAAAAGCAUUUUACAAUCCCAACAAUUUUUGCGUGUACUUACAGUUGAUGUAUUGCGGAUAAUUCCGCGACUCUACCAACCUCUUACCGUACACUUUGCUAAAGAAAAAUACCAAGGAGUGACUUGCAUUAAUAUGAAUCGUGAUAAAAGUAGUUUUUCCGAAGUUUCUGGUGUUAUAAAUAAUAAAAUAGUACUUCAGGUAUAAUGCAGGUUGUAUCUUGACUUAUGGUCCUAUGUCCCCUAGGUUGUAUCGAUGUAUGUAAUAUAGAGAUGUAGAGCCAAAUUUUAAUAAUAUCCCGACCAAACCGCCAAAUAACUAGAUGAUUCGGAUAAAUUUUGUAUUUUGCGACAUUCAUAUAGACAGGUUUGAAGUCACUUCUGAAUUUUUCUUAUAAGCAAACAUCAAUCUGGUGUAAUUGGAAAGGUCAAACAUCUAUUAUUCUUGUACCUAUCUAUAUAAUUACGUAAUAAUUUUGUUAAUAAAACAUUAGAUCAUAUCUGGCCAAUAUUUACAUUUUAUCAAAGUCACAUUCACAAGUUAUGCUUUUUACUUCUUGUGUAACAUUAGUAGAUAUUCAUCAUCAAAUGUAAAGCAUUGCUAAUUAGAAUCUUGUUACUGUUUUCACCUUGAGACCUUCACCUUACACUAAUGUUACAAUUGUUAAAAACAUUGUCAUUCUCCAAAAUAUAAUUUGAUCUCCUUAUUAAAAAAUGAAAACACUUAAUAAUUAAUUAUUUUUAACAGAGUACCUUUGCACUGAAAUAUUAUAUAUAUACUGUAUAUUUUGUACGUGUAAUAAUAAUUAAUUUUAACUUAUACCAUUUACCUAUAGUAAGUUUGUAUGAUUAUAACACUUAAGUAUACAUUAUUAUGGCUUGGCCCACGCGCCUCGUCUAUAUUUGAGUCAAUUCAUCAUUUACGUAUGGAACACGUCAAACCAAAAGCAAUUUUAAAAUUAGUGUGUAAGAAUUAUUUUAAUACUUUGAAACUGCAACAAUUAAUAUGUCCCGUUAGUGUCGACUAUUUUAUUUGUUUGACAGCUUAUCCGUUAUCCACCACUUCGCCUUUGCUCAUAGCAGAAUGGACCCAGUUUGCCGUCUUUGUUACGCAUAAUAAUGCGUUUCAAAAACUUUUAGGUGCGCCUUGUGUAAAAUUUAAUUUAAUUUUCUGUCAACACAAAAUAUAACUCGAGAAAAAACAGCAGAACAUCGCGCCUGAUAAUAUUAUUUUGUAAGAUCCACUAAGAUGAUGUGCAUAAAAAGUUACUGUAGGCGCUCUACAAUUUGUGCAGUAGAAUUUCAGUUCGUGUAACUACAUAUGUAAAUGGUAUGAAAUCGUAUGCUAAUCUGAAUUUUAAUACUACGAAAAUACGCCUCCAGAUUUAUUAAUUAGAGGAAUUUAUUACAAUAAUUGACAUGACACAAUUAUUUAGACGGCAAACUAGGCACCUCUGCUGUCUUGCAUCGCCAUAAAAUUGGCACCCAUGGUUGUAUCCUAAUAUUAUUCUAAGCCGUCCAUUUAUUUUCGCGUUGAUUUGGUCUUCACUAAGUUAUGGGAUUAUGUGAAUUUUAAAUACUAUGUACUCGACCUUAGGUAGUGUUCGAUAUGUUGGAAAACAAUUCACAGGAAUAAUACUAUGUACUUAUUGCAAAGUUUAAACUUCGCGCAGGCGUUUCGUUGAGAAGAUCUAUGUUGUAGUCUGUUGUUAAGUUUGUCGUUGAUGACAAAAAUAUAUUGUUAUCUAGA